UGCCUGCCGGCCCCUGGCACUCACUCUCACCGGCCGCCGCGGAGCAGGCAGCAGCAGCGUCAGGGCCGUCCGGGGGCGCCGCCGGCGAUGCCCGCAGCCCUCGCCAAGCCCCGCCGGGCCUGCUGAGACCCCCCCCGGGCCGGGGCCGCGCCGGGUCGGGCCGGGCCGCGCCCGGGCGGGGCCGCGCUGCCUGCAUGACCCUCCGGCGGCGCGGGGAGAAGGCGACCAUCAGCAUCCAGGAGCAUAUGGCCAUCGACGUGUGCCCCGGCCCCAUCCGGCCCAUCAAACAGAUCUCUGACUACUUCCCCCGCUUCCCGCGGGGCCUGCCCCCGGACGCCGGGCCCCGCGCCGCUGCGCCCCCGGACGCCCCCGCGCGCCCGGCCGCGGCCAGCGCGGGCCGCCGCAGCCCCUCCGACGGCGCCCGCGACGACGACGAGGAUGUCGACCAGCUCUUCGGAGCCUAUGGCGCCAGCCCAGGCUCCGGCCCCGGCCCCGGCCCCAGCCCCAGCCCGGCGCGGCCGCCGGCCAAGCCACCCGAGGACGAGCCGGACGCCGACGGCUACGAGUCCGACGACUGCACCGCCCUGGGCACGCUGGACUUCAGCCUGCUCUACGACCAGGAGAACAGCGCCCUCCACUGCACCAUCAGCAAGGCCAAGGGCCUGAAGCCGAUGGACCACAAUGGGCUGGCGGACCCCUACGUCAAGCUGCACCUGCUGCCAGGAGCCAGUAAGGCAAAUAAGCUGAGAACGAAAACUCUCCGAAACACUCUGAACCCCACAUGGAACGAGACGCUUACUUACUAUGGGAUCACGGACGAAGACAUGAUCCGAAAGACCCUGCGGAUCUCCGUGUGUGAUGAGGACAAAUUCCGCCACAACGAAUUCAUUGGGGAGACGCGGGUGCCCCUCAAGAAGCUGAAGCCCAACCACACCAAGACGUUCAGCAUCUGCCUGGAGAAGCAGCUGCCGGUGGACAAGUCCGAAGACAAGUCCCUGGAGGAGCGGGGCCGCAUCCUCAUCUCCCUCAAGUACAGCUCACAGAAGCAGGGCCUGCUGGUGGGCAUCGUGCGCUGCGCACACCUGGCUGCCAUGGACGCCAAUGGCUACUCGGACCCCUACGUGAAAACAUACCUGAAACCAGAUGUGGACAAGAAAUCCAAACAUAAGACAGCGGUAAAGAAGAAAACCCUAAACCCAGAGUUCAAUGAGGAAUUCUGUUAUGAGAUCAAGCACGGGGACCUGGCCAAGAAGACCCUGGAGAUCACCGUUUGGGAUUAUGACAUUGGAAAAUCCAACGAUUUCAUUGGUGGUGUGGUUCUGGGCAUCAACGCCAAGGGAGAGCGUCUGAAACACUGGUUUGACUGCCUGAAGAACAAGGACAAGCGGAUCGAGCGCUGGCACACACUCACCAACGAGCUCCCGGGGGCUGUUCUCAGCGACUGACCUGCCCCACCCACUGCGCCCACCCCUGCCCAGUACCUGGCCUAGCGCCGGCCAGGCCCUGGGCUUCCGCAGCUGCCACUAAGGGCCUCAACCCCCACAUUGGGGGAGAUCCAGGAUGCCUGCUCGGACACAGAGCCACUGCAGCCCCCAUUCGGAGGCUGUAGGAGGCCCAGCCUCUCCGAAGGGGCAGCAAGGGCAGAGGGCUGGGCCUGCUUUUGGCCCCUUAGGGCCCAAGAGGGCCAGAGGUGGGGGGAGAGGACCUUGGCCUCAGCACCCACCCAGAGGAAGGGGAUGGGGCUGUCUAGGGGACAAGGACCUACUAGAGAUCAGCAGGGAGUGAGCUGAGGAGACCCCAGGCUGAGAACAGGAGUGCGGGGCAACCAUCAGGGAGAGGGGCGUUAUGGGGAGGACAGGACUGUGAGGAAAGUUCAUUCCCAAAAGGGUCUGACUACAUCUCUUCAUCUCUGGCUUGACUGGGAGGGGAAAAGUUGACCUGAGAGCCAGGAGUCCGGUGACGUUCUGGGAGCUCCCAGUGAAUGUGGGCAAAGAGCAAGCACUUCACUUAGUGAGUCCUCAGGCCCCUGGGGAUGAAUGAGACCCAGGGCCUGCCCUCAGGGAGGUUGCCAUCUAGUUAGGGAGCUGGAAACAAACCUUUACAACAGGGGUGUGAGGACUGCCAAGGCCAGUCUGACCCACCU